AUGGAAAGUGAAUCUUCAGCGACCAAUAAGUUUGUUCCCGAGUACAGACGGACGAAUUUCAAGAAUAAGGGACGGUUUUCGGCCGAUGAAUUACGGCGGAGGCGGGACAACCAGCAGGUGGAGUUGCGGAAGGCCAAGCGUGAUGAAGCGUUAGCCAAAAGGCGGAACUUCUCGGCCACGACAGCAGCGGGGGGAAAUGAGUCGGAGGAGGAGGAUGGGGAGACGGAGUCGCAAGACCAGCAGUUCUAUCAGCAGCUGACGCAGGAGUUGCCGCAGAUGCUGCAGCAGAUCCAGUCCAACGACUUCCAGGAGCAACUUGCGGCAACGGUGAAGUUCCGGCAGAUUCUGUCGCGCGAGCACAGGCCGCCAAUCAACCUCGUGAUCGACUCCGGGGUGGUGCCGACACUCGUGAGCUUUAUGAACGAGAACCAGCCGGAAAUGCUGCAGCUCGAAGCCGCGUGGGCGUUGACGAACAUUGCGUCCGGAACAUCGGAGCAAACACGCUUUGUGGUGGAUGCAGGCGCCGUGCCGCUCUUCAUCCAACUGCUAUACUCGAACUCUGUGGAGGUGAAGGAGCAGGCGAUAUGGGCACUGGGCAAUGUUGCAGGUGAUUCGACUUCGUACAGAGACUAUGUGCUGGAUUGCGGCGCCAUGGAGCCAAUCCUUUCGUUAUUUGAGGUUUCAAAGACGUCACUAAUUCGUACGGCAACGUGGACGCUGUCGAACUUAUGCAGAGGCAAAAAGCCGCAGCCGGACUGGAACAAGGUUUCCCAGGCCCUACCUACGCUUGCCAAGCUGAUCUACUCCAUUGAUACAGAGACUCUCGUGGAUGCGUGCUGGGCUAUUUCUUAUCUUUCGGACGGGCCGGUCAACGCCAUCCAGGCGGUUGUCGACGCCCGUAUCCCUAAGCGUCUGGUCGAGCUGUUGACUCACCAGUCCACGCUAGUGCAGACGCCCGCACUGAGAGCCGUCGGCAAUAUCGUCACAGGCAAUGACUUGCAGACACAGAUUGUGAUCAACUGUGGCGUCCUUCCAGCGUUAAGGAACCUCCUCACCUCCCCCAAGGAUUCCAUCCGGAAGGAGGCGUGCUGGACCAUUUCCAACAUCACCGCUGGAAAUACAGACCAGAUUCAGGCUGUAAUUGAUGCAAACCUAAUUCCUCCUUUGGUCAAGCUCCUCGAGACUGCAGAAUACAAAACUAAAAAGGAGGCGUGCUGGGCUAUCUCCAACGCCUCCUCCGGUGGUCUGCAGCGCCCAGAGAUAAUCCGCUACCUUGUGUCUCAGGGCUGCAUCAAGCCUUUGUGCGAUCUCCUCGAGAUUGCGGACAACAAGAUCGUUGAGGUCACCCUCGACGCUCUGGAAAACAUCCUCAAGAUGGGCGAGGCAGAAAAGGAAGCUCGUGGGGCCGCUGUCAACGAAAAUGCAGAAUUCAUCGAAAAGGCAGGAGGCAUGGAGAAGAUCUUCAAUUGCCAAUCGAAUGCCAAUGAGAAGAUUUACGAGAAGGCCUACAACAUUAUCGAGAAGUACUUUGGCGCAGAAGACGACAACAUCGACGAAGCUAUGGCGCCGCAAGCUGCCGGUAACACCUUUGGCUUUGGUUCCAACAUGAACCAGCAAUUCAGCUUCAACUAG